GCUGAGUGCAAAUAUCGCGUGCGGACGUCAGAGAACGGGAAACGUUGAGAAUCGAAUCAAUACGAAGCGAACGAACUGAAUCGCGUCGAAGCGUGAAAUUCGCAACGCGUUGCUGCGUCCUGCCAAACAAACACACAUACAUACAAUUCGAAUCUUUUGAAAUAUAUUAAUACUACAUAAUGGCGCUGGUGCCGGCUACCAAUAACACUGAUUGGGAUUACUGGGACUAUAAGCGUCGUCUGUGGCGUGAUUGGGAUCUGGCCGACUGGGACUUGCCAUACUGGAAGCGCUUGUCCCGCGUGGGCUCUGCGCCGGAUCUGAGUCGCGUUAUUGUGGGCAAGGAUGGCUUCGAGGCCAACGUCGAUGUGCAUCUGUUCAAGCCGUACGAGAUCACGGUGAAGACCACCGGCGAUACAGUGGUGGUGGAGGCGAAACACGAGAAGCGUCGUGAUGGCGACAGUUUCGUGGGUCGUCACAUUGUGAAGCGAUUUGUGCUGCCUCGCGGAUAUUACCCGAAUGAUGUGCGUUCCGAGCUCUCAUCCGACGGCAUCCUAACGGUGCGUUGUCCGCCAUAUCUGAGCAAUGAGCGCAGUGUCUAUGUGCGCCAAGUGGGACCGUCGUAUCUGAGUAUUAAGAACUAACUAACUGUAGAUGAGGAUCGUUUCGUGUGUUUUGUUUUUAGUUUUUCCUGUUGGUGGCACUGCGUUCGAACAAAUCAGAGAUUCUGCGAUUCAAAUGCACCAAUCCGAACGAAAUUUGUUUUACAUACAAUACUUUAAUUCUUACUUUAAGGAUCAUGUUCACAACAGCAACAACAAGCGCUUCAUAUUCUAAGGGUAUUGUUGCAAGCGACAAAUUGGACUUUUUUGUUAUUAACCAAAAAAAAAAAAAACAUUUUUAGUUCAAUAAAAAUAAAAGUUAUAUUUAUUAAAAACUAA